GUGGCAACGUGACGGCAAACCGUGAGGAUGAAAUUAGAUUCCGUAGACAACUAGAAGCCCUUAGCUCUGAUGAAGAAUACAGUGAGCAGGAUGAUACACAGAGACCAAGCUUCCGAGGGCCAGUGGCUAUCCGUAGGCAUCAUCGGGGAAUAGGAUUCAGAAGUGGUGGUAGAGGAAGAAACGAUAAUUUUUUCAGACGAAGAUUUCCAGAAAAUCAUCCUUCAUUUCUUCUGAUGAGACAUGACAACAGUGAAGAUCGAUCAGGUUGGAAUGGAAACCAAUCUGAAGAGAGACAACCACAAAUAGAGGGAAAUCAAGUUUCCUUCAGGAGAUUUCAUGACCACUCCCAAUCUCGUGGUCGCCCCAUUAACAGAUCUCAUGGCCGACACUCCAGAUCUCCUAGCCCCUUCAGGAGAGCACCUGUCCACUCAGAUAGACCAUAUCAUGACCACUCAGAUAGACCCCAUCUUGACCACUUUGAUAGACCUCAAGAUGAACACUUAGAUGGACCCCGUCAUGACCAUGCAAAUAGACCAUAUUAUGACCACUCAGAUAGACCCCGUCAUGACCAUGGAGCUAGACCAUAUCAUGACCAUACAGAUAGACCUCGUCAUGACCACUCAGAUAGAUUCCAUCUUGACCACUUGGAUAGACCCCAAGAUGACCACUUAGAUAGACCCCGUCAUGACCAUGUAGGUAGACCACAUCAUGACCACUUGGAUAGACCUGAGGAUGAACUCUCAGAUGGACCCCGUCAUGACCAUGCAAAUAGACCAUAUUAUGACCACUCAGAUAGACCCCGUCGUGACCACUUGGAUACACCUGAGGAUGAGCUCUCAGAUGAACCCCGUCAUGACCAUGCAAAUAGACCAUAUUAUGACCACUCAGAUAGACCCCGUCGUGACCACUUGGAUACACCUGAGGAUGAGCUCUCAGAUGAACCCCGUCAUGACCAUGCAAAUAGACCAUAUUAUGACCACUCAGAUAGACCCCGUCCAGCCUACUUGGAUAGACCUGAGGAUGAACACUCAGAUGGAUCCCAUCAUGACCAUGCAAAUAGACCAUAUUAUGACCACUCAGAUAGAUCUGAGGAUGAACUCUCAGAUGAGUCCCGUCAUGACCAUGCAAAUAGACCAUAUUAUGACCACUCAGAUAGACCCCGUCAUGACCACUUGGAUACACCUGAGGAUGAACUCUCAGAUGAACCCCAUCAUGACCAUGCAAAUAGACCAUAUUAUGACCACUCAGAUAGACCCCGUCAUGACCACUUGGAUACACCUGAGGAUGAACUCUCAGAUGAACCCCAUCAUGACCAUGCAAAUAGACCAUAUUAUGACCACGCAGAUAGACCCCGUCAUGACCAGGCAAUUAGACCAUAUCAUGACCACUCAGGUAGACCCCGUCAUGACCACUUGGAUAGACCUGAGGAUGAACUCUCAGAUAGACCCCGUCAUGACCAUGCAAAUAGACCAUAUUAUGACCACUCAGAUAGACCCCGUCAUGACCACUUGGAUACACCUGAGGAUGAACUCUCAGAUGAACCCCAUCAUGACCAUGCAAAUAGACCAUAUUAUGACCACUCAGAUAGACCCCGUCAUGAUCAGGCAAGUAGACCAUAUCAUGACCACUCAGAUAGACCCCGUCAUGACCAGGCAGGUAGACCAUAUCAUGACCACUCAGAUAGACCCCAUCUUGACCGCUUGGAUAGACUCCAAAAUGACCACUCAGAUAGACCCCGUCAUGACCAUGCAGGUAGACCACAUCAUGAAUACUCAGAUAGACCAUAUCAUGACCACUCAGAUAGACCCCGUCAUGACCAUGCAGGUAGACCACAUCAUGACCACUCAGAUAGACCUUAUCAUGACAAUUUAGAUAGACCACAUCAUGACCACUCAGAUAGACCCCGUCUUGGCCACAUGGGAAGAGCUCGUCUUAGCCGUGCAGGGCUAGCUCGCCGUGGCCAGAGAGGGAGAGAUCAUCUUAAUCACACAGGGCUGGCUCUUCCCAACCAUGCAGAGAGAGCUCAUCUAAGCCACACAGAGCUAGCUCAUAGUGGUCACAGAGGAAGAGCUCGUCGUGGCCAAAGAGGGAGAGCUCGUCCCAACCGUACAGGGCUAGUUCGUAACAGCCAUGCUGGGAGAGCUAAUAAUGACCACUUAGGGAGACUUCAUCCUGGCCAUGUAAGGAGAGCUCAUAACAACCGUACAUGGAGAUCUCGAAGUCUUGAAGAGAGAUAUCGUGGUCAAAGAGAAAGAUUUGGAAGAAUCCAAACAUCACCGGAAUCUGACCCUGAAAUUGACAGAACUUCUACAAUAAGAGAACAGACUGAAUACUUAUUUGAUCAGGAACGGCACAGAAAUGAGCUAAUUAAUCUGAAUGGAGGGCUGAUAGAAGAAGGCUACAGCUCUGAUCAAAGUGACGAAAGUUCUGACAGUUUAUGGAGACCUGAAGUUGAUGCUGAAUUCCUGAAUGGUAGAUACACCACAAUUAAGACUAUUCCACGUCACCCAAAAGGAGUACGACUGAGCUUCAAUAUUGGAGCACGCAAUAAUCGGAUACUUACGAUACUAUUGCACAACUAUUUGCUCACUAGAUGUUGAGGAAGCCAUGUUUAU